AUCUAACGCACUCAACUUGGACAACUUGGACUUACAUUACCGAAAUUCCAGUUAGACAUUUAGUGUGUAAAUACAAUCCCGGUAGAAAAUGUUCAAAAUUCGCAAUUUCACGCUCCUGAAACUGAGUGAAGGCGUAUUUGGCCAACGACUAAUGGCUAAAUCGGCGAAAACAGGCGAUUCGGGCAAGGAUUCUUGUAAGGGCGGCGAGUCCAAAGAGGGGAAAAGCAAGAAGAAGCCCAAGACGGAUAUCUGUGGCAGAACUCUAACUCCCACUUCGCCACGCUGCAAAAACAAGCCCGGCGAAAAGUCCAAAUCGUCCAAAGAUGAGUGCAAGAAGUAGCAGACUUUAUGAC